GAUCGAUCUCUCCACAACCCCAAUUUUAUGCUACUGUACCUAACAUUCAUGUAUUAAUCAACACCACCUACACCAUCCAAGCUCACAUACUCCGUCUGAUCGGCUGAAACCAAGAUCAUGGCCCUCCCCCCACCCCACAAACCCAACACCCUCUCCCUCCACCUCCUCGACCGCGGCUCCCCCUCCACCUUCCACUGGACCCUCUACCUCACCACCUCCCCUCCGCACGGCCAGACCUUCCACCUCAUCAACGCCCCGGGCUCGGACCUCUGGACAUUCGACUCCCAAACCACAGAGGAUAUCACGCACGGCGGCCGGCUUCUGGUGGCGCUGGAGCUAGGCGAGAUAGAGCCCGCGUUGCAUGCUGCGGUCGCGGAGCGGCUCGCCCAGGUUUCGGCGGGGUAUUCCACCAAUUUCUGAGAGGCGAUGACGUGUCGCGUCUGGGUGAAAGAGGCGCUGGUUGCGUUGGAUGAGGAGGGGUAUCUUUUUCUGCCUGUGGGAGGUGUGCAGGGGGUGAACAAGAUUGAGGAGGAGGCGAGGGGGUGGGCGAUGCGGAAUCGGGUUGCUGGACGGGUUAUUAUUCAGGGUUUGGGUGGUAUAUGAGUACGUUUGCUUGGAGGGGGGUAUAAUGAGGAUAGAUUGUGACGGGUGACAGGGAAUUGGUUACUUUGCAGCAGAAUAUAUAUGGCGGGUCUAAAUUCACAUUGACCUGUACAUUGCUAGUGAAAGACGACGCAAGUUACAAACUGAGAUACAAGGGAAGAUAAGGAUAGUCUUGGAACAUAUUUGUAGAGUCAUGAUCUGACAAGACGCUAGG